UGGCAAUUGAGUCGGCAGCCUCUGAAGCCCCGAUGGAGCUGAUUGGUGCCUUUGGUGGGUCUAUGACUUUCCCUCUGAAUGACUUACCAGAGCAGAUUGACACCAUUGUCUGGUCCUUUAACUCAAACACCCUCCUCACCAUACAGCCUCAAAAGCCAAAUGAGACUAUCAUAGAGACCCAAAGUUGUAACACAAGAAGAGUGCACUUCUUACCUGGAAACUACUCCCUGGAGCUCAACAAACUGAUGAAGAACAACUCGGGUCUCUAUCACGUGAGGAUAUACAGCUCAUCCCUCCAGAGCCCCCUCACCUGGCACUACAGGCUGCGAGUCUAUGAGCACCUGUCACAGCUGAAGGUCACCCCAGGACAGUAGAGCAGUGAGAAUUGCUCCUGUGUCACCAACCUGACAUGCUCCGUAGACCAGGAAGAUGAGGAUGUGACUUACAGAUGGAUGUCCCUGGAACAGGCAAACAAGGAGGUCCAUAAUGGCCCUGUCCUCUCCAUAUCCUGGAGGCAAGAAGAAGGGAACAUGACCUAUAAGUGUGUGGCCAGGAACCCCGUGAGCAAUAGCUCUUCAAAUCCCAUCGCUGCCUGGAAGCUCUGUGAAGAGUCUACUGGAGAGGAGAAAGGGACUGGUGUUCAUCACGAAGUUCCUAGCCAUGGCCACACUCCUGGAGAGGUCCCAGAAUAUGACACGGUCACUUUCCCCCCUAAUACUGUUCCAGAGGAAAAUACACCAAAUACACUUUAUUCCACUGUGCAAAUACCCAAAAAGGUGGACAAACCCAACACCCUGGCCGAGACAGCCCACAUACCACGGUCAUUUGCCUUUGAGAAAGUCAUUUAA